UCCUAUACAAAGAUAGUUUUCAUUACCUGUAAACAAAACUCAGAUCUCUCACAAACACAAACACAAAUUCAUCUCAUCGCCAUUACCAAGCAAGCUUGGAAACAUGGCGACAUCUCAACUCUUCAAUUUCUCCUCAUACAAAUACUCAGACAGCCUAACAGUGGUGGGCAUCUCAUUCUGCACCGCCAUAGUCUGCGAGGCCAUCUCCUGGCUCCUCAUCUACCGCACCAACUCCUACAAAUCCCUCCGCUCUUCAAUCGACAAAGCCGCCAAAAAACUUGAGACCAUGAAAACCGAAACCCCAAAUUCUUCCUCCUCCUCCGUCGCAAAAGUCAAAAUCAGCAACAAGAAAUCCAAGACCAAGAAGAUCGAUCGCGUCGAGACGAGUCUCAAGGAAUCCAGCCGCGACCUUUCUCUCUUCAAAUUCAAGUCCGGUGCCGUGGUCGCGCUUGUUCUCUUCGUCGUUUUUGGGCUCCUCAACUCCUUGUUCGAAGGCAAGGUUGUGGCGAAAUUACCGUUCAAGCCCUUCGGGAUUGUCAUGAAGAUGAGCCAUAGAGGUUUACACGGCGACGAUGUCACCGAUUGUUCGAUGCCAUUUUUGUACUUUCUUUGCUCGAUUAGCAUUCGCACCAAUUUGCAGAAAUUCUUAGGGUUCGCUCCGCCACGUGGCGCCUCGUCCGGCCUCUUCCCCAUGCCUGAUCCCAAGACCAAUUGAUCUCCUCUGGUUUGCGAAUCUAGUCCCCUUUUUUGAUUUUAUAAUUUUUAGGUCAUGUGGAAUGCCUAAAAGGAACUGAUUUUUUGUUUAUGAAUAUUCGGCUUGGAUUUGAAAUUCCUUGACCUGAAAAUAAUUGGUGCCACUUCCUAAUUAGUUUUUGUUUUUAAGCUUAUUGAUUUGCUCUUUGAAUGGAAAAUUCAAUGUCUUUUACUGUGGAUUA